AGUCGACAGAGGCGGAGCAAAUCUGCCUGCUUAUUCAGCUCUCUCACUGCUUAUUUACAGUGGAGCAAUGCGAAGUGUGUACGUGACGGAUUUAAACACGAAAGUCAUGAUUUUCUCUAGAAACAUGGUAUAGACAGGGCGUCCGCGAACCAAGCAGAUGUGGCUCCGGCCAUGACUCAUCCCAGGCUCAACACGGUUGAAGCGGCGUUGAUAUUUAUAUCCGUCGCACAGCUGAGCACAGCUCUGAAGUGUGUGUGCCAGCUAUGUGCCAACAACACCUGUGAGACGGGUGCAGACGGGGCCUGCUGGAACUCUGUGAUGCUGAUCAAUGGGAAGGAGGAGGCCAUCAAGUCCUGUCUGUCCCCGGCUGAGAUGAGGGGACAGGUCUUCUGCUACAGCUCCCGGAACGUCUCCAAGAGGAACUGCUGCUUCACAGACUUCUGCAACAACGAGACCCUGCAUCUGCAUCCAGGCUAUGUUGAGAGGCCUUCGGAGGAGCCCGGCUGGGGCAGGCUGGAGCUGGCAGCGGUCAUCCUGGUUCCCUCUGCCCUGCUGUGUGUGAGCAUCCUGCUGGGGGUGUGUGUGGUGCAGGGCCAGCGCUGUGCCAACAACAGGGCCCACAAGAAUGACGUGGAGGAGCCCCUGGACGACCAGAGUCUCAUGCCCCCCGACAAGUGUAUUAAAGAUCUCAUCUAUGACAUGAGCACGUCCGGCUCAGGCUCCGGGCUGCCGCUGCUGGUACAGCGGACAAUAGCUCGGACCAUCGUGCUGCAGGAGACCAUUGGGAAGGGACGCUUCGGGGAGGUGUGGCGAGGGAGGUGGCGAGGGGAGGACGUGGCGGUGAAGAUCUUCUCAUCCCGAGACGAGAGGUCCUGGUUCAGAGAGGCAGAGAUCUACCAGACCAUCAUGCUCCGACACGAGAGCAUCCUGGGAUUCAUCGCAGCCGAUAACAAAGAUAACGGCUCUUGGACCCAGCUGUGGCUGGUGUCAGAGUACCACGAGCACGGCUCUCUGUUCGACUACCUGAACAGGUACACAGUGUCUGUGGACGGCAUGAUCGUCCUGGCCUUGUCCAUCACCAGCGGUCUGGCACACCUCCAUAUGGAGAUCAUUGGCACUCAGGGGAAACCUGCCAUUGCCCACAGAGACAUCAAGUCUAAGAACAUCCUGGUGAAGAAAAAUGGGACAGCCGUCAUAGCAGACCUGGGAUUGGCUGUGAAACACGACUCCAGCACCAACACCAUCGACAUACCGUCGAAUCACAGAGUAGGAACAAAGAGGUACAUGGCACCAGAACUGCUGGAUGACACGAUCAAUAUGAGCAGCUUUGAGUCAUUCAAGCGGGCCGAUAUCUACUCCCUGGGCCUGGUGUUCUGGGAACUGGCACGGAGGUGUUCCGUCAGGGGACUUCAAGAAGAUUUUCAGUUGCCUUACUAUGAUAUGGUGCCUUCAGAUCCCUCUGUGGAGGACAUGAGAAAGAUUGUCUGUGACCAGAAACUGAGACCUAACAUUCCCAACCAGUGGCAGAGCUGCGAGGCACUGCGGGUGAUAGGCAAGCUGAUGCGCGAGUGCUGGUACGCCAAUGCUGCAGCUCGCCUCACCGCACUGAGGGUCAAGAAGACCGUCUCUCAGGUGACUGUACUCAAGGACGUCAAAGAUUAGCUUGGUAAGCUAGCCCACUGACUGCUGCCCCCCUGUCCAAUGUACUAUUAUUAGUCGGGAGCAAAGCAUCCUCUGGACCACACUGAAACACUCAACUGGGUGUUAUUCAUUAGAAACCAAACAGAAUAAAACAGACCGGAGCGGGGAGGGGUCUACCUGAAUUUGUCAAAUAAGAAACUGUAAUAUUAUAUAUAUAUUUUUUGCUAUGUUGUGCACUAAUGAAUACGACUCAGCAGUGUGCAUUCUCAGCUUGUGAUGCCAAAGGAGCCUACUGCUGCUACCCAGCAGGGAACACUCCUGUCCUGCCCUGCAGUGUGUGACUGGAACUGCAUCACCCAAUCAAGAGUGAACAGGAAAUGAAACUGUGACCUUUUUAGAUGACAAUGGAUGAUUUAUAAUGUACAGAUGUUGUCUCUGCUACCUCAGAUGUUUUUAAGUGCCCAAAGCUUGAAGUUGCACAUUGAAUGCUUCAUGCCAUAUAAAAGUGUAUGUACUGUAGUGCUAGGCAACAUGCAAAAAUGAUUGUAAAUGUUACUGAGUAAUGCACUCACUGCUAUGCCUGAUUUAGUAAAGGACACCCAAGGUAUACAUCCAUAAAGAUAACUGCUACUUGGGUGCUGCCCCCAUCCCCGCCCUAUUCUAUUUUGCAUCCAUAUAUAUCGUUGUAUAUGACUUGAAAAAUAAUGCCUAUAUCAACUAUACUCCGUAUUUAAGAAAAACAAAGUCUAAGAUGUUGUAUAACACAAUAUGUUGUUGUUAAAGGGGCAAUCUGCAGUUCUAACAAAAACAAUGACAAAGUGGACACCCACUGCUAUUUUGGUUAACAGCUGAGGGAUCGGGGCUGGAGAAAUGUAAGCUAUAGAUGCAAGGACUGACCAUCCAUGAUAUCAACAUUAUAGUAUUAACCCUAUAAUUAGGAACUAGAAUACUAAUAGUUGAAAUAAGUAUAGUGAUUUAAUAGGAUCUCUGGUUUUAACCAUGCUUUGAGGAUAUACAGUAUUUGUGUACAAUGGCACUGUUUACAAACAAUGGCGUAAAACAAGUUUAUAUUUUGGUUUUCGAUGUGCUACGACAGUUUUACUUAGCUCGUUUACAAGUUAUAUUCUUUAAGAAUCAAUAAUGUAAUAAAAGUGAAAAAACGGAUGUCGCUAUUGCAGAUUGCCCCUUUUAACACAUCCACACUUACAUGUAUUUUGCCUAACAAUCACAUAUUCUCUGUGAAGCACAACUUUUGUUAUAUUACAGAAGAGAGAAGUUUUAGAAAAAAAACAUUUAAAUAUAUUUAAUAUAUAGAUAGAAUUAUGGAAAGACUUUUAUUCCAUAGAAAUAUUGUUAUAUCCAAAGCCUUUAAUUGAAUGCUACAAUAUGUAGGGACACUAUGAAAUGCCAAUGUGAAAAUAUAUACAUAUAUAUAUAUAUUUUUUAAAUAAAGUACAAAAUGUACUACAUUGUUGGUAUAAUGUACACAAAGCAGUACACCCUUUACCCAAUAUAAUAUGCAAACACAAAAAAAUGACCAAAUUGUUCACCAAAUAUUUUUGUUUGUCUACUAAAGAGGGAUUUUUCAGUGAGCCGAGUUUGAACAGUGGCCGUGUUCAGACUGCUUAUGUGAACACUAAUGCCAUUGUCAGACUUGGCUUGUAAUCUCUUGGCCAUAACAGGCUUAGGAACGGGGACAUAAGCUAAAUCUGCUGUGGGUGUCUCCUGUACACAACGUGGCAGGCCUGGUGCUCUGUUUGUGUAGGCCUGCAGCAAGUUCAAUCAGAGGUAUAUGACGUGUAUAUCGCACAGACAUUUUGCCAACGUAUGUUUGGAAAUUUGCAAAUGUAUUGCCUGUAGUGUCAUUUUGCUUAAACAAAGCCUGCGAUUUGAGAUGGUUUAAGAUGGGUGCUGUUUAGAAAAAUACACUUGGCUUUUAAUGACUUAUGUAGAUUUGUUCUUGUUUACUUUAAUAUUGUUUGCUUAUGCAAAUCAGGGCUCUAUUGAGUUUGGAUCGCUAAAGUUCAGAGUUACAGCGUGAUUGAAAUCUAAAGGCAAUGUUCCCGCGUUAGCGAAGCCUGCAUUCACGGUAAACGCUGCAUAUGUCGGCUCAAUCGGAAAUGACCUUCUGAUCUUACAACCUGGAACGCUUUGGCGAUACAGAUUGAAUAGAGCCCUAAGCUGUUUAACAUUUUUGUAGUUCAUGCAAGUUAGCCUCUGUCUGGGGGGUCAAUGUACAGUAGCAUGGGCAAUGUAAUGUAUCAUGGGCAAUGUAUUAUGGGCAAUGUAGCAUCUGCAGUUGCUUCAUAGGUGUACAUAGUGACAGGCUUGCUGCUCUGCUGCCCAUAUAGCUGUAUCAUUAAGUCAAUGUUUCAAUUAUGUUUUGUAUGUAAAAACAAUUACCAUUUCACUUUUAAUAUGUGUAAUUAUUUCCCCAAAAUUGCAACAAAAUAUAUAUUGACAUUGCAGUAUUUAGUGCUCUGCCUGUAUCCUGUGGACAAGCAAGCUAAUGUUAAUUGUCUAAUUGGAAAUGAAGCUGUGCUUUUGUUGUCAUGGCCUACAGCCGAGUCAGUUUCCCUGAGGAACUGAACAGUCUGAUCAAUGUUUGACGACUGCUCAAGAGGACGUGUGGAAUUGUUUUGCUUCUACAGACCAUCUGUCGUUCUGAAGAAAGGAGACUUAUUCUGUCAUUUCUGGUCAAAUAUCUGUUGAAAGUUGUGUAUGACACAAUUUGGAAGUGUUGCCUGCUCUGGGACUGUGGUAUUCGUUUUCUAAAGAAGGUUUUGCAUUGAGAAAUGUCAUCCUCCAAUGAAUUUGCUUAAUUCUUUCUGUUGACAAGAGCAACUAUUUUGUGUUGUGAAUUCAGAUAUGGGUCUCUUAUGUCAAUAUGUCUUUCAGUCUUACACUAUUUAUUAAAAAUAUGUGACAACGGUGAGUCAAUAAACUACAUUUAAUUGAAAA